AACUUUUCUCUCUCUCAUAAUGGUCCUCCCACACGACCUCUGCGCCCGGGUCCAAAAUGCCUUCCGCGCACGUCACCAAAAGAUCUCCCUGAACCACAGCAAUCAAAACUUGGGCAUCCUCUCCAUCCUCCUGCGCAGUGGCUUCGUGUCCAACCUAUCCAGAGGCACGAUAGCUGAGCCGGACCCGCUGGCGUUCCACACCGUCAACGACGCGCAGAAACGCAUAUGGGCUGACCUCAAGUACCGGAACGACCUCCCGGUGCUGCAUCACAUGGAGGUCAUCAGCAAACCGAGCAAACGCGUGUUCAUGGACUUGUCUGAGAUUCGGCGGUUGUGCACGGGGCGGCGAGCGCAGAACGUUAAGCCGCUGGGGUUGGGUGAAGUUAUUGUCAUAAGGACGAAGGAUAAGGAGAACGAGUGGCUGGAGGCGAGGGAGGCCGUGCAGAUGAAGUUGUCGGGCGAGGUGAUGUGUCGGGCACAGUGAGGGUGGCAGUUUUGUCUGUGUCGUUUGGAAGUGCUCCGCUCGCGACGCCAUGGCGCAUGCUUUCCGCCUUAUACUUGAAUUCCAUGCAUGGGAGUAGACAAACUCAAUUCUAAUUCAUCAUCCACAUAUUGGUCGUUGAAAGAAGUUGAUUGCGGGUCUUGGCGGGGUCAAGCACCGACUUUCACGCGGGACGGAAGCCGUCUUGGCCGUUUCUUUGAUUCGGAGACGUGUUGUCCCUUUUUGAUUCGCCCAACUUGGUCCGCGUCCUUGGUUCCGUCUGUAACUCCAACACACUUGCGAAAUAGAACGCUAGACGGCGGCGUUAAGAUUGGCAUCAGUCUUGUGGAAAGCCGUAUCUCCACCCAGUCCCGACACCACAGCGGUGGCCCGCUUCCGCUUUGCGCUUUUUAAACUGGCGUGGGAUGUAACUCACCUCACUGUACCACCGGCCCAACACAGAAAUGAGCGCCUCUUCCACAAUCCCUCUCAGCGUCAUCGCGCAGCACAACUCUCGGGAGAGCUGUUGGAUCAUCGUGCAUGGCAAGGUGUACGAUAUCACCGACUUUCUGGAUGAACACCCAGGAGGCAGCCGAAUCAUCCUCCGCUACGCAGGAACGGAUGCAACUGCCGCCUACGAGCCAAUCCACCCUCCGACCAUGAUCACCUCGAACUUGGCUCCCGAAAAGCACCUCGGCAUCGCCGAGGCCAGCUCGAGCACUGGCGUGAAGGUCAAGUCCGCCGAAGAGCUUGAGCGUGAGCAGCUGCUUGCCCGCCGACCGCCGCUCGACGAGGUUCUGAAUCUGCAUGAUUUCGAGGCCGUGGCGAAAGCCGUGCUGCCCGCCAAGUCGUGGGCGUACUACUCCUCUGCGGCCGACGAUGAGCUUGCCAUUCGGGAGAACAGGGCAUCUUACCAGCGUGUUUACUUCUUGCCUCGCAUCCUGCGUGAUGUCACCAAGGUGGAUUGGUCGACCACGAUCUUGGGCCACAAGUCCUCUCUUCCAGUCUACAUUUCCGCGACCGCACUUGGCAAACUGGGACAUCCUGACGGCGAGCUGAACCUGACCCGUGCUGCUGCCAAGCACAACGUCAUCCAGAUGAUCCCGACUUUGGCUUCUUGCUCCUUCGACGAAAUCAUGGAUGCUGCUCAACCCGGGCAACCCUUGUUCGUGCAAUUGUACGUCAACGGGGAUCGGGAGAUUACGCGCAAGUAUGUGCAACAUGCUGAGAAGCGUGGUGUGUCCGGUCUCUUCAUUACGGUCGAUGCUCCCCAGCUGGGUCGCCGAGAGAAGGAUAUGCGGAUGAAGUUCGUGGACGACGGGGCUGGCGCCAAGGUCCAAGAGGGACAGUCUGAUGUCAAGAAAGACCAAGGCAUUGCUCGUGCCAUCAGCUCGUUCAUCGACCCGAGUUUGUCUUGGAAAGACAUUCCUUGGUUCCGAAGCAUCACCAAGAUGCCUAUCAUCUUGAAGGGCGUGUCCACCCCCGCCGAUGCUAUCCUUGCGCUGGAGGCUGGAGUGCAGGGCAUUGUGCUCAGUAACCACGGUGGUCGUCAACUCGACAGCGCCCGAUCUGGGCUGGAGAAUCUCAUCGACAUUGUCGCUGCCCUCAAGACUCGCGGGCCGUGGCCUAACCCCAAGUUCUCCGUGUUUGUCGACGGAGGAGUGAGACGAGCCAGUGAUGUGCUCAAGGCCCUUGCGCUUGGCGCCUCGGCGGUCGGUAUUGGGAGAGGAUUCCUGUACGCUUUCUCGUCCUACGGACAAGAGGGUGUCGAGCAUGCCAUCAAGAUCCUCCGGGAUGAGUUUGAGAUGAACAUGCGAUUGCUCGGCGUCACGAAACUCAGCGAGCUCGGCCCUGAGCUGGUGGAUGCAAGGGCACUGCACUCUCACGCCGGCCUCGCUCCUCGGGACAACUUGUACGAUGCGACCUACCAACCAUUGGUCCUCGCCAAGUUCAAGGACUCCAAACUUUAGAUGUCACGUCACCUACAUGUAUCUUAUAUAAAAUGCCAUCUGACAACGACUUGAUUUCAUCCACGUUCAUUACUCGUGAGGCAGCAACAUUUUCAAUUGAAAUUCG